AUGGACAGGGGAACGGAGUCGAAGGAGUUUGUCGAUCUGCUUCUGGCCUGCAGAAGUGGUGAUCUGGAUCGCGUGGACCAAUUGGUAUCGCUUGGGAUUAAUGUCGACCGAUGGGAUAAUUCACCGCUUAUUCUUGCUAGUUUGUGUGGGCAUGAGGACGUAGUGAGGUUUUUACUGGAGCGCGGUGCUGUUUGCGAUCGUGAUACAUUUGAAGGUGAGAGAUGCGUUUAUGGUGCUUUGAACGACUCAAUCCGCGAUCUUUUGCUCAGUUAUGACAUUACCAAGGCGGUGGAUGUCACCCAGCCGUUUGCGGCACAUAUAUCCUCACUAGUGCCGGAGGCCAAGGUGGUGACUGCAGAUAUCUUGGUCAAUGGAGAGAAGCUGCAUAAAUUCAUGCUUUCUGCACGAGGUGUGUUGAAGAACAUCAGUCUGGUUGAGUCUAUACCUUCUAUUACGACAAAAAUUGUCAAUUACGUGUAUCAAAAACCCCAGACUGGGUUUGAAAGGAUAAACUUGGAGGAACUUCUUUCUGUCGCUGUCUCUUUGGAUCUAACAGACUUUGCGGAAAUGGUGAGGGAGUAUCGUGCUGCGACUACGCCAAUCUCGAGGUCCAAAGUCAUGCGCAAUUUCCAGCUCGAGAUGUCGCGAUUGGCCCUGAAAGACAUGUCACAGUUCACAGAAGAUCAGAUCUUUGCACAUGCUUUGGUGAAGGAUACCCCGGAAUUGUCAGUUCAGGAGAAGUUAGACAUGAUGACAGGCAAAUGUUUUCCAGACGUGAUUCUUACGGUUCCACACAAAGAUGGAGGCCAUUGGUUCGUGCCGAGUCACCGAGCCAUUCUCGUCAGAUCUGAGUAUUUCGAAACCAUGUUCAGGUCCAACUUCUCUGAGGCAUCUAUAUUCAACGACCUGGUUUCCGAAAAUGGUAUUAUUGACAGAAACAGGCUCAUAGAAGAUCCAGAUCUGAUUCCAGUGAUUCCAGUGACUGCUGCCUCAAAUUCAAAUCUGUUGCGUAUCUUGAUUGAAUUCCUCUAUUACGAUAAUUCCACAUUCGUCUACUUCGAGUCACUUGACGUUCUUUCAAUGGCAGAUGCGUUACUCAUAGAUAGACUAAAAAACAUGGCGUCAGUGGUGUUAUCGAGUGAUGGUGAUAAUCCAAGAAUACCUGUUUAUGACAUCUUAAGAGCUGGCUGGGAUACGCGGAUCAACAGAUUAGAGACUUAUGCUGCACGGGUUAUUGCCAACAGACUGGAAGAGUACAUUAAUGAGCCGGACUUUGAGGAUGUUGUAUUGGAGAGUGCGGAGAGGAUUGAAAACCGUCAUGACACUGAUACCAUUGACUUGAUUGACGAUAUCCGGUUUUAUCUCACGAAGAAGUUCCAUAUCACAAACUACGAGGGUUACGACGUCUUCUUCAAAGAUGUGGUUAAGGACGAUCCAGCAUUGUAUAGAGACUACACGGAACAGUUAGCGUGGAUAGAUGACCUGCUGGCUAGAUUAGGACUGGACGCUUAA